AUGUCUUACGAUCGCGUCCUGCCCAAACCUCCUCUUCUACACCAUGACAGCUCUCACCAUCUCCCCUUGUCACGGCCUACUAGUAACCUCCUCGAGCAUAAGAUCAUGAAUGACGAUGUCGCUAAAGUGUCUAUGAUGGACCGUCAUCUGGACACUGCUGCUUUAAGUGGUCAUCGUCGAUUCACUGACACACUGCCUCCGGUACAUCUGACCUCUCUGAAUCGAAGCAAGGUAGCUCUCAACAAAGUCGCCUCCAACGCUGCCUCUGCUAUUGAAACCCCGAAGCCCACGAACUUUCUAGCUACAAAGGCUAUUCCUCUUCGUGAACGCUCAUCUUUGUCAGAACGUUCGUCGUCAUCUAGUCCAAUCAAGUCAUCCAAUGCUCCCACCCCAAGGGAGUCGGCCACACAGUUCUGCCUCUGUCAGCCGGAUCCGAAGAUCCCUAGGCCUCGAAAUGCGUUCAUCUUAUACCGCCAACAUUACCAAGCUGCAGUGGUCGCGCAGAACCCAGGCCUUGCCAAUCCUGAAAUCUCCAAAAUUAUUGGGGAGCAAUGGAGAGGGCUUCCACAGGAGACAAAGGAUGAGUGGAAAGCACUGGCAGAGGAGGAGAAAGCUCGGCACCAACAACAAUACCCGGAGUAUCGCUAUCAGCCUCGUCGCUACGGUCGGGAUGGGAAUCUCCGGAGCGGAGCAUCUGGCAUCAGCCAUAACCCUCCAGGCUCUACAGUCUGCAGCCGAUGUGGAGGCCGUGUGAUGAACCCUCCAGUAUCACCGGAGACUCCUUAUACACCCAGGGCCUCCUUUUUCGGUGGAAAAUCGGCACCUGGGGAGGUCUUUUCAGCACGCAGUAACCAGUGUCGCGCCAAAGAUCUGGACCGUGCUCCUAAUGUCAUCAAGCUUAUCCCCAAUGGUAAUGGGGAAUCACGCUUGCCUCGUCAGCAUUUUGUGGAAAGCAGAAGCCGAUCACCGGAUAAUAAGCGCAGGCGGUUGGGACCGCUUGGUCCUUACGAUAUCCGUGAAAGAAGCCCGGAUUCUUCAUAUCCUGCAUCUCCAUACACUCCUCGCUCGGCAGUAGCAGACUCACGAGGUCUGUACCAGCCGCUACAGCAGCCACGGCCCGGCCGAAAUUUCAAGGAGUAUACCCCGCCGGAUCCCAGCUUGAAACUUCCACCGCUACAAACAGCUACUCAUGUCCCCGGAACUAUCACCCCAACGACUCCAUAUUCGCAUGAUGGACCUAGCAUCGAAGCCACCGUCAUGACAAUCCCGUUUCUCAACAAGAUAAAGGUCUUGGCUAAGAUCUCCCCGCCCUUGACGCCGGCAUACCAUGAUGGAUCGUCGUUCCGACGUGGGGCUGUGAUAGCCGUGGAUGGACAAGAUCCUGUUCUUGUUAAAAUAAUGGUCGAAUUUUUGAACAAUACAUUACAGAAGGAGGGUAGGUAUCAUACCCAAAUCUUCGGAGGACCUGAGAUUCGGUCUCGUGAGAGCUACUCCGAAUCCGAGCAAAUGGGUGAUGCAACUGUCGACUACCUCAAUAUCAUCUCCUCAUGGCACCGCAUCUCCGACGAAAUAGUCAGCUUCGUGAAGCCUUCACGAGCAUCAUCGGAGUCAAAGUCAGUUGACGAAGAAUCCACGCCAGGAGUGUCGCCACGGACUAUUAUACCCAAGACUGCUGAUUUACAGAUCAACUCUCCCGAGCAAUUGAGCGAUAAUAGCUCUGUUUCGACAGUCUCCACCGGAUUGGGUUCCAUUACGAUGCCCGUGCCUGUCGCACUUGUUCCCCGAUACCAACUAACGACCGCGGAUGCUUUUGCUUGCUCCGUCCCGAUCGGGGAUUCGUAUGCACCACUUGACCACUGGCAGUGGAUGGCAUCUCUGUGGAGGGCGUGCGUAGGACCGGACAUAACCGUGUACAUCCGAGAAUGCGAGAAGGACGAACUAGAGCGUCUUGGAGGCAGCCCCGUGGAAGUUCGUCUUCAUGAUGCACGAACCAUUGUGGUUCGAAGACUGGCAUCCUCACCAAGCGAACUGGAGGAAAAGUCACUUAAGAGAGUCGGCUUCGAGAUUGAGGACUUUCUCACCCAAUGA